CACGUGGUUCUCGUCUCCUACGUGGAACUGAAGAUGUGACGUCCAGCACAUUUGCCACAAACUAUCCUUUUCUCCGGCGUCACCUAGGAUUGUAUCUUACCACCAGCUACCUCGUCUGCGCCGGCGCUGUAUCAUCUCCAAUGAACCGUCUUUGCCGUGCUCUUCGUAUCGCUCUUAUACUGCAAGCUUUCUUGCCUGCAACCACGACCGCAAGCUCUAUCCUAUCCGAAGGCCUGACAAAGAGCGCCAAGGGUCAGAAUGUCCACGACGUUCUUGAAUACCAACCCGUGAAGGAGACGUCCUGCGAGAAUGCAUCUCCGACCGGCCCCAUAGACACAACUUCAUGCGACUAUGAAACAGUCGAAAGUGUAAAUGAGGAUUUGUUUGCGAAUCUUCACGACUUAGUGGCCACACCAUUCUUCAAAUAUUUCCAGGCAGACUUGUAUCGCGACUGUCCGUUCUGGGAUGACUAUGGUCUGUGUAGUGAUCCGGGUUGUGCUAUCACUUCUGUAGACGAGAGCCAGAUACCAGAGAAGUGGAGGGCAACCGCCCUAAGCAAAGCCCCACCUGUAGAGGAUCUUCAUUCACUACCUGGCUGCUAUCACCGUGAUUCAGAUUAUUGUUUUCUAGAUGACAACACAGAAGGGGAAUACUACGAUCUUUCACUGAUACCCGAGCGUUAUACCGGAUAUUCUGGUGCAGGAGCAGGGGGCGUGUGGGGCGCUAUUUAUCGAGAGAACUGUUUUGGUCUUUCUGAAUCUGCCAUCAAACCAGGAAAGCCAUCUGCUUCCGUUCCAGAUACUCUCGCAAGCCAGCUUAAUGAAGGCAGUGACAACCAGUGUUUGGAAAAGAGGGUAUAUUACAAAAUCGUGUCUGGCCUACAUGCAUCUAUUUCGACUCAUAUCUGUCUGGAGUAUCUUAAUCAAACUACUGGUGAAUGGGCUCCCAAUCUCCAAUGUUUCGUGAACCGGGUCGCCGCUUACCCGGAGAGGUUACAGUACAUAUACUUCAAUACUGUCCUUCUCCUCCGCGCAGUAGCCAGACUUGGGCCCUAUCUUUCGGCUUAUGAUUACUGCUCUACGGGAAAUCAUGAAGAUGACCUGGAAACGAAAGCGAAAUUGUCCAACGUUCUCUCUAUAGCCCAACGCGCUGGAAAAUUUGACGAAUCCGUUCUCUUCCAGGGUGACAACGCCAAUAUCGUAAGAGAGGAAUUCAAAACUCAUUUCCGGAAUGUGACCCGCAUUAUGGAUUGUAUUGGCUGUGAUAAGUGUCGGCUAUGGGGUAAAGUCCAAACAACCGGCGUAGCCACGGCCCUUAAGAUCCUCUUCGAAAUGGAUGAUAGGGCACUCGAUCCGGACACAAAUUCGAAUUUGCUUCAACGAUCGGAGGUUGUAGCCUUGAUAAACACCCUGCAUCGUUUCAGUGAAAGCCUGAACGCUGCCAAUAUCUUCCGGGGUAUGUGGCGAGAUAUUAGUCACACGGAGUCGCAGGAGGAUAUCAUUCGGGAAGUCGAGAAUGUGCCUCAUCAACCACGACCGUCGCCAGGGAUUGGCCACGAAUGGAAAGGCUCCGUGCUUGACGAAAUCCGCAUGCGGUUCACGUCACUAUUUAGGGUAUGUAAGGAAAGCACGGCGAAGUGUGUCGGAGCGCUGCUGCGGUUCUGGAUGCGAGGUCUGCGUGCAAUUUCUUCAGUGUUCUCGCCAUCUGGCAAAGAACACGGACCCGGGCAGUAUGUAGAACUGUAGGGAUAUAAUUUUAUUAAGAAAUAAUAGUAUGUAGGAUUUGCCGGCCACAAGAAAUUACAGGCUCAGGGGUGCAUCAAGGCUGA